UUGGACAAGUUUUUUGGGGGGGUGAGAGAAGAGACUUUAGAAACAACCACACACGCACUCCCAGUAUAGCCUAUGACACGGAGCCGGAUUGAGGAAGGACAUCUAGACUUUUCCAGACUUCUUAAAUUCAAGCAAACAAAACGCAUAGUAUUUUUUCUCACAACAAAGUUUUAUUGUGGCCUCUAUGCGCUACUGUUGAACUUUGGAUGCGCCCAGGGGCUCGUCCAGGGCGUCUAAUCGUGCCUGUUUCCAGUCCCUCAUCUGAUGCCCCCCUUUCCGUCUGACUCGCCGUGAAUCAUGUCACGCCGGAAACAGAAGCGUCCACAGCAUCUCGUUAACGCGGAUCCGGGGGGCCCAAAACUACUCGCUCACGAUGACCACCUGGGCAUGAAGUCACCCUCUACGUCUCUUGGCUCCGAAGUAACCUCAUCCGGAUCAUCUUCCUCUUCUCCUACCUCCAUUCAGGACUGCCAACCGCCUCUGGCCCCACGCCCGUCCCCUGGUGGGCUCCACGCGCCAUCUUUGCCCAGCGAGAGUUCACCUCCUCCCCACUGGCCUAACAACAUUGCCCCCUUCACCACAUCUUUGCCCAACACACACUCCUCCCUCUCCCCUGACUUCCCACACCCCUCUCUGUCCUCGCAAACCCACUCGCCACCUGCUUUGGGCCAAACCUCCAGUUGUAAUCAAGGAAACUCCCAUUCAUCCAUGACGUCUCCACCAAUGGCUAACUCUGCUAUGACCACAACUUCUUCCUCUUCCUUAUCCUCUAAUUGUGUGCCAUCCCACCGUGACAGCACUAGUCCUGGACCACUACAAGCAUCUGACUCCCCAGGGCAGGACCAGCUCCAAGUGCCCCCAACUUUGGCAGUGCUUUUGGAGGAGCUGCGAGUUUUACAACAACGCCAGAUCCACCAGAUGCAGAUAACCGAAGAAAUAUGUAGACACGUUUUAAGGCUUGGUGGGGCUGUUUUUGGUCAACAAAACGGCACACAAGUUAAUGGUUCAGACAGUACCCAGAAAUCUACAAGUGAAGCUUCUGUAUCACCGACUCACCCCUCAACAGCUACUCCUGUAACUACAACAUCCUCUCUUUUAACUGGGCUUCCAUCAUCUCUUUUUCCUCAACCGCCUGCAUCCAAGCCAAGCAGUGCCAAUGGAACUAGAGCUUCAUCAUCUUCUACCUCUUCAUCAUCCACUAUUAGCUCCUCCGUUGCUUCCUUACACCCGCUCUCUCUGUCUUUAGGCCUGCCACCUCACUACCUUCAUGAAAAAUCACCCAACUCUUUAGCAUUCAGCCACAGUAAUGGCAUAAGUUUUCCAGCUCCCGUACCCACCACUAGCAAUUCCCAGGAACACCAACCCAGCUCCUCUUUGGGCUCUGGUUCAUCAUCCGGGCGCCCCCAACACGUGUGCCGCUUCUGUGGUAAAGUCUUAAGCAGUGAUUCCUCUCUUCAGAUCCACCUGCGAUCGCAUACAGGAGAGAGACCUUAUCAGUGCCCAGUCUGCCUGAGCCGUUUCACAACCAGGGGAAACCUCAAAGCCCACUUCCUGCGCCACAGAGAACAGAAUCCGGAAUUGUCCCUCUCUCUGUUGCCGCCGGCAUUGUCCGAGCAGACCCCAAGUGGGUCUGCUCCCGGCGGCGUUCAUAGGAGACGGAAGCGGAGGGCUGAAGAUGAUGAAGCUUUCAAUGGAGUUAAAGGCAGUAUUCCUGGGAUGACAGAUAACAUGGCUUUGGGGUUCCUGUCUGGAGGAACAUCACGACCCUCUCCUUCCUCCCUCCCAUUGCCGCCUUCAGUAGACAUGGCACUGCUCUCCACAGCGCAUUCUCUUUUACAGCUGAACCGAGCUUCUGUAGCAGCUAGUGCUUCCCCCACUGCUCUGCCUUCGUCCUCUUCAUCCACAUCUUCUUCGCCUUCAGCAAGGAGUGCAAAACAGCAGAGAUUUGAUGAAAACACCCCUCCACACACCAGCCUGCAGUCCCCAUACUCCCAGCUUGCCCAACUUCCCAAAAUCCUCUUCCCCGGUGGAACCUCUCCUCACCAUCUUGCACUUCUUCGACCACCAGGGCAUCUUGCUGGCCCCCACCAACUGCCCUUUCCAUUCCCACCUUUCCCCAAACCAUCAACCUCCUCCUCUGGCUCUCCUACUACCUCUAACCAAACCUCUGACACCUCCAAGUUGCAACGAUUGGUUCAGAAAUUAGAGAAGCAACCACCAGGGAGCUCCUCUUCAUCUUCCCCCUCCACUUCCUCACAAACACUUGAAGCCAAUGGAGAUGCAAAUGGCCAGGAUCUGUCUACAAAUGCGUAUCGGAGAGAGAUGUUAGCGGCUCUCGGUCUUAGCCCAAGUGUGAACGCUGCAAGUCAGGGAGGUAUGAGCAAUGCCCCAUCUCUUCCGACUGCAACCACUCCAAACCAGUGUGGAGUCUGUCUGCGUGUCCUUAGCUGCCCCAGAGCCUUGCGUUUGCAUCAAGCCACGCAUUUAGGAGAACGUCCAUUUCCCUGUAAGCUCUGUGGUCGCUCUUUCUCCACCAAGGGCAGCUUGAGAGCUCACCUCGCCACUCACCGUGCUCGCCCACCAAACGCUCGUGCACUCAACUCCUGCCCCCUGUGCCCGCGGAAGUUCACAAAUGCCUUGGUCCUUCAGCACCACAUCCGCCUGCACCUUGGAGGUCAGAUCCCACCUGAUGAAGAGGUGCCACUUGAAGAUAGCUUAGAAACAGAGAAUGCUGGUUUGGUUGAUGGUAUGAGUGACAUGUCAUCUAAAGACCAGGUUCUUCCUCUGGCAUUAACUACAGGGCCACGAUCUCCAGUUACCUCAGGGUCUAAACAGACUGCUGAUCUAACAUCAAUGAAGGAAUGUGAGGGUUCAGUUUUAAGUGUUAGCUCACCUCUGACCCAGAACCCCCCCACAGCAGGAGCCGAGGACCCCCCAGUGGAUGAUGGAGCUAAUAACAGUCCUCCAUGCUCUGUAGACGAGGUGAAUGGUGAUGCUAACAGCACUGAUUCAAUGAAUGCACCUUCAGAAAGCACUAAUACAGCCACUGACAAUGGAGAAGAUGCUCCUCUGUCCCUGUGUGUUUCCAAAACUAGUGUCGAGGGAGAAAAGCUUGUAAAAGAAGUUAGUAAUGAUGAACCCAGCUCAGCAAAAGAGCCUGCCAAUGAUCCAUCACUCACCCCUCCUGCCAGUCCCAGUAACAUCCCAGCAUCUGAAGAAAAGGUAGAGAAAGAUUCAAAUGGGACCAAACCAGAGGAUCAAAAAGCACAAGAGGACAGUCUAGUGGAGGAAGGCAGUAGCAGUGCCCCCCCACCAUUAACACAAACGCCUCGCCAGGACAAACCCUACAGCUGCUCCCAGUGUGGCAAAGCAUAUGCUAGCAGGAGCGGGCUAAAGGGACACAUGAAAAGCCACCCUGGAGUCUCCCUGAGCACCCCUACCAAGGUUCAGCCACUUGAAACUGAAGAGGAGCCCAACAAAGACACAGUCAAACAAGGGACCCAGCCUGAUGAGAAGAAUGUAGAGGUGGAAACUCCUAAAGGUGACAACAUUAACUCUGUCCCAACUACGGUGAGCUCAAAUGGGACAGAAGAGCCCAUGGACAGAACUGUGUAAAAAAAAAAGUAAGCAUAGUUGAAUGCUGGAGUUGUUAAUGUCCUGACAAAGGAAUGUAUGUUAAAACACUAGAAUGAUAUUCAUUUUUAGGUUUAUUCAUUUGUAAUGUGUUUAGCUGGAUAGAGCUGCAGUAUUUGUAUCCUAGUUCAAUUGGAAUAAAAGUGAAUGUAGUAUUUUUCUAGGUAUUUCCAUAUUUUCAAGAUCACAAUGAGGCCUUAUUUUACACUUUUCACAGAGAGUCGCCUAAGACUAGGGAUGUAACAAUAACUGAAAUACCAUGAUAUUGUAUUGUCAAAAGUCUCACAAUAAUAUUAAGUACCAUCACAAUAUAUCGAAUUACAAGUCUCUUCGCUUAAAUUAAUGGUUAUGAUGCAGCAAAAAAAAAAAAAACAGAGGGAACUACAUUGACCAUGAUCCUUUGCUAACUAUUAUAAGCACUUUUAAAUCUUAGUUCUUUGGAUUGACUUGUCAAGGCAUUUUAAGAGGAAAAAGGUGCAUAUUCACAGUUUUGUUAGCCUCCACAAAAUAUCGCAAUAAAUAUGACAUGUAUAUCGUAAAAAUAUUGUACAGAGAGAUUUGGAUAUCGUUACAUCCCUGCCUAAGACCUUCUCAACACUUGACUCUGUAACAAGUAUAAGCUGAUGUGAUGAAAAGGAUCCAGAGUUGUUUGAAUGAAGUCAAUACCAAAUGAGGCCACAUUUGUACGGGCCAAAGUUUUAUAUUUGUCCUGCAUUUUAAUGACCUUUCUCUUUUUGUUGCUGCUAAAUGCAUGUUUUUAAUGUGCUGAGUUGCACUGUAGUUGCACUGUCACAUGCUACCAGAAUAUCGACUGAAACAGAAAUGCCCUAAGAUAACAAAGUGAUGGUGGUGGUUGUGUUUACAGUAAUGCUGUGAGCAGUUCUCAUGCAGUGAUUCCAUUAAUAGGGGAGACUAUGGUGGCCCCAUACUCUAAUUUUCACCCCCACAGUCUAAAAACUUGCUGAGCAAAAAAUUGGUAAAACUAAUUUUACUUUAUGCUUGUGCACUAUGUAACCUUUUGGUUGGUGGUCCAUCACCUGCUUGUUUCUAUAUGUCAUUGCUCUACCUGGAAUGUUCCACAGUAUGACAUUAAACAGCUCCAUUUUACAUAUAUUCAAUUACAAGUGGUUUUAUAGCUCAUGAAUACAGAGAAAAACAUGCAUUCUGACAGUGAGCGGGAUUGCCUCUCCACAGAUCUGAGCUGUAACUUGGUCUGGUUUGGUCUCUAUUCUGAUAAAAAGGUUUAAUACCAUACUGUGAAACAUUCCAGACAAAGUAAUAACAUUUCCAUGGAGAAAAGCAUUUGAUGGACCCUCCACUAGAAAAGUUACACAUUGCACAUUUAACAUAUAGAAGUAACCGUUUUUAAUCUGUAAUCAGUGCUUUUUGAUGAGUAGGGGCCAUAAGUGACAUUUAUACACCAAAAUAUUGUAUUAAAUAAAAUGAUUCAAAUAUGGAUCACUUGUGCCACCAUAGUCUCAGUAUAAACUUGUGGAAAACACUGCUUAUGUAUUAAUAUUUCUAUAGCAGCAGAUUGAUUGUAAAAGUUCUUGGUUGACACAUUUUCUGGUGUCGACUUGGAUUCAUGCUGGAACCAGAAGUGUCCCAUUAUAAAUCCCUUUUUAUGCCCUCUGCUCCUCUCUCAGAGCACUUGAGAGUUUUCUGCACUCAUUCCACAUUCCUGCCUAGUCCUGUAUAGUAUUUGUAUGCUUUACCUUUUGUAAACCCUUUUUGUAGCCACAAAACAAAAUAUGUUCCCAUGACGAUGUGUAACAGUUAAAUAAAACAAUGGUGACAUGAC